AUCAGGGAAGUGGGAGCGGGAGCUGCUGUUGUUGUGAGGAGUGUGACUUCAAAGCCGUGAUCGGUCCAGCCUGUCUGCACGCCGUCGUGCACCCUAAUGAACAGGAUGGCCAUGGCGAUGACGAGUGCAGCUAGCCUCCAAUCAGUCGCGCCGCCACGUGUAUGGAUUACAUGUCAGCGGCGAGAUGGGCUAUCCGGUGCCCGUGCAAGGGGAGUGCGGACAUGGUUACUAUCCCAGAGUGACAGGGGGGCGUCGUCUCAAUCAGCUCCUCCACUCUGUGUACCUGAUAUCGGUCGGGCGGAGCUGAGUUUCAGUUCUGCGGCAAACCGUGUCCCGGUGAAGCUGGGACUCGGUUCCUUGAGGUCGAGCAGGAAGUCCCGUUCAAGGUUAAUUUGGCUGGCGGCGGCGCGGAGUGAGGGUGAUGAGGGCAGGAGAACGUCUGGAGGAGGUAGCGAGGGAGGGGAGGGCAGAAGCCCGUCGGGCUUCUUACGGUGGUUCAGGUCUAAGUUGAGAUCGUUGUGGCCCUCGCGGCGAGGUGGAGCUGGGGGCCCGGGUGGGUCAUCUGCAGGCAGUGCAGGGCAGAGAGGAGGAUCAACGACGGGCACGACUGGUGUAAGGGGUAUCUCAGGGCAAGGCGGAGGUUCAACGACCGAGGGUGCGGGUGGCACAUCUGCAGGGCAAGGUGGAUUAGCUGGGGGAGCGGGUGGGUCAUCUUCAGGGCAAGGAUUGGGAUCGACGACGGGAACGUCGGGGACGACGGGGACGACGGGGACGACUGGUAGUGGGGGUAUCUCAGGGCAAGGCGGAAGAUCAACAUCUGGGGGGAAGGGUGGUACUCUUGCAGAGCAAGGAGGAUCUGGCGGACCGGGUGGCUCAUCUGCAGUGCAAGGAGGAUCAACGAUAGGAACGACAGGGACAACGAGUACAACGGGGACGACGCGGACGACCGGUACGACGGAUACGUCAGGGCAAGGCGGAGGGUCAACGUCCGGAGGGGUGAGUGGCACAUCUGGAGGGCAAGGAGGGGGAUCAGCUGGGGAAGCGGGUGGGUCAUCUGCAGGGCAAGGAGGAAGAUCACCAACAUCCGGAGGAGCGGGGGACACAUCUGCAGGGCAAGGAGGAGCUGGGGGAGCGGGUGGCUCAUCUGCAGGGCGAGGAGGAGAAUCAACAACGGGAACGACGGGUACGACUGGUACGCGGGGUACCUCAGGGCAAGGCGGAGGAUUAACGUCCCCGAUGACGGGGACAACGUGGGUUACAAUAGGUGAAGGAGGAGCAGGGGGAGCCGGUGGCUCCUCUGCGGGGCAAGGAGGGGGAUCAACGACCGGAACGGCGGGGACGACUGGUACGAGGGGUACCUCAGGGCAAGGCGGAGGAUCGACGGGUGGCACAUCUGCAGGGCAAGGAGGAACAUCAACAACAUCCGGGGGGGCGGAAAGCACAUCUGCCGGGCGAGGAGGGGCUGGGGGAGCACGUGGCUCGUCUGCAGGGCAAGGAGGAGGAUCAACGACGGGAACGAAGUCCGGCGGGGCUGCAUGAGGCGUAUCUCCCGGGCUUUGAGGAUCUGGGGGGGAGGGUGUCGCAUCUGCAGGGCGAGGACGAAGAUCAACGACGAGAACGACUGACUGGGAGGACGGGGACGCCUGGGAGGAGCGGUACUGCAGGGCCAGGCGGAGGAUCAACAUUUCCGACGACGGGGUUAAGGGGAGGUACAUCAGGUCAAGGAGGUCUGGGGGGUUGAGAAGCACAAACUUCCUGAGGGAGAGGGAGUGGAGGGCAAGGACUUAGUGGGGAUAAGAUCGACGUCUUCUAUGACGAGCAGAACAUAUUUCACGACUAAAAUGAUGGGUGGCACAGGGCGGGAAGGAGGAGCAACUUCAUCCGGGAUGGGAAGGACGGGUACCGUAGGGCAAGGAGGAAGUGGGGAACCGGAGUGUCGGCAACCCGCGGAGGGCGGGGGAAUGAAGCGCAGCUGAGCAAGGACGUGGACAGGGCCUGAGGCAGGAGAUCCGCUAGGAGAGCGUGGUACGUCAGUGGCAGUAAAGUGAGGAGAGCGUGGUACGUCAGUGCAGGGACUUUAGGAGGGAUAAGAAAAUUGUCUGCCCGGUCAUUAUUGCUGCUGCUUGUAGACCGAAAAUUGUACCAAAUACGGCUAUGAUGACCGGAUCUUCUAUUCGGGUGACGACGGUAGUGGUAUGGCAAGAGAUGGGCCGAGGAGGGACGUGGGCGGUGCAGGGCUAGGACGAGGAGGCGGAGGAUCUGCAGUGUGUAGCUGGGUGGAGCACGUGGUUUCCUCAUACUUGGCUGGAAAAGGCUCGUUAUGGUUUAUGAGCUAUGCAGUGUGUAGCUGGGUGGAGCACACGGUUUUCUCAGACUUUGCUGGAAAAGACUCGUUAUGGUUUAUGAGCUGCUAAGAGAAUUGUGACAGAUUCAAAAGAUGUUUUUUGACACUGGCAGUGCCGCAGUGGUACUGAAGCUACAUCUGCUUGCGCGUCUAGCGUCUAGUCCACAUCAAACGGACGGGCUUGUCGCAGUGCUGAAUCUGCUGAUGCGUUGGUUUCGGUCUUUCGACAGAGGGGGAGGACGUGGAGCCGAACGAUUGGUUUAAACGUCAUCAUAUAGACAUCGCGGCACUGUGUAGGUCACAAUGGGGACUCGUUGCAGACAGGAGUUUGAGGGAGGGAAUAAGAAUACGUCACAAAGGUGUUCACUAAUGACAGAGUGCGAGGGAGGGAAGAAGAAUGGUUAAGGGUCAGGUAGGUUACCGUAGGUGGAUCAACGAGUGAGUCGACAUCGAUGCACCGUGUACGUUACGGAGGUGUUCAUUACAGACAGGAGUGGUGAAGGGGUGGGUAGGCAGAGCGACGUGUAGUUGACGGUUGGUUCUUGGUGUUCUUGUUGUUUUCGUGUUUGGUCCCGAUUUGAGGGUAAGGCUUUUUGAACCCCUCACUAUGAGAGAGUGUACGGUGCCGAACUUGUACACUACACGAGUCUGAGGGAGGGAAGAAUGAUUAACCCCUCGCUAUAGAAGAGUGUACGGCGAUAGACUUGUACAUUAGACGAGUCGGAGUGAGGGAAGAAGAACGAUGAACCCCUCACUAUAGUAAACUUGUACAUUAGAUGAGUUUGAGGGAGGGAAGAAGAUUGAUUACACGGUUGCGUAGCCAGAGCGACGAGGGAGUUGGUUGACGGUUGGUUCUUGUGGUUGUUGUUGUUGUUGUUGUUGUUGUUGUUGUCGUGCUUGUUUUUUCCCUAUUUGGUCCAGGGUUAAGUUCUUUGAACCUGGGGGAAUUCUACGGUGACGUACGCGUGUAACGGAGUACGAAGGAGGGAAGAGUCAUUAUCACGUGGCAUAUAUCGAGGUGGCCUUUUUUGAGUUGAAGGGGUAGCAGUGAACCUGUAAACUGCAACGAAAGGAAAUAGAAACGCCGCAACGGAG